AUGCGCACAGACUUUGAAGUGGCUUUGGACAAGGGUGGUGGAAUAAAUAUAUUUGAAAUAGAUGAAAUACACGGCAACAUUAAGAUAAAGAACUCUCCAGACUAUGAAACCAUGAAUAAAUACAGCCUUACGGUGAAUGCAGUCAACAAUAAAUCUGCCCCUUUCCAUCAGGCAACUACUCAUGUCACUGUUCUAGUGAUUGAUGUGAAUGAUAAUGCUCCAGUAUUUGCUCAGAAUUCCUAUUCCGCUUCUAUAAACAUGAUUAAUCCUGUAGGUGCUCAUGUCAUAACUGUGAGCGCUACUGACAAGGAUCAGGGGCAAAAUGGCCUUAUUGAGUACUACAUCCUCCCUGAUCAAAACUUCAGCCCGUUCUUCCUGAUAGAAGAUGUGAAUGAGGGGAAAAUAAUUACAACGGGAAACCUGUCUAGAUUUGGAGAGAUCCAUUUAACAGUGAUGGCUAAGGACAAAGGCUCUCCACCUUUAAAUGACACUGCUAUGAUUACUCUUAAUGUGUUUGACAACCGUCCAUUUGUUCCUCGGUUUAAUGAGAGCAAAAUCAGCAUUUCCGUUUUGGAAAACAUAGGAGCGGAUUAUUUCAUUCACACUUUUACUGUGGUUGAAACUUUAGGAAAACAGAUUGAUUAUACAAUUGUAUCUGGCAAUGAAAAAGGUCAUUUUAGUUUGCAUCCAAAAAGUGGUCAGCUGAAAACAGCAACUGAUUUGAACUAUGAGGAAGUUUCUCAGUAUGUGAUUUUAAUUGAAGCAAAUGUCAAUCUCUCAUCUGCCGUAACCUUCCAGCGUUCAGGCCUGUUUGCUCAAAACGUGGCAAUGCUGACAAUCUCAGUGCAGGAUGUAAAUGAAGAGCCAGCGUUUUUGACUAACGCCUUCUCUGCUCGGAUACCAAACUCUGUGCCGUACAAGUACCCCGUUAUUACAGUUCAGGCCACAGAUCCAGAUUCAGGAGACAACGGACUUCUGCUGUACAGCAUAGUGAAUAAACGAACAAAUGAAUUUGACAUUGAUGCAAAUACAGGGCAGAUUUUUACAGUUUCUGUAGCAGGAAAGGCUGGAACAUUUUACCUGGAAGUCCAAGCUGCAGACCAAGGCACAAGAAGACUCACAGCCCGGACAACAGUCAAUGUAACUGUUGAUUCCAGUUCCAGUAACAACAUUGUUGUGGUACUACUUAAUCAGAAGAUCAAUGUUGUUGAAAGAAACCUUGCUGAAGUAAAAAGGGUCCUGGAAGAUAAACUUGCAUGGAAUGUAUACGUCAUUGAUGUUUAUUUCAAUGAGUUUGAAAGAAAAACAAGAAGCAGCACUGAUGUAACCUAUGUAAAAAUUACUGCUUUUGAUGAGGCAAACCAGGAAGUACCUGCAGAAGAUGUAAAAAGAAAACUUACGGAGGAGAAGAGUAACAUUGAGAUAGAACUGGAGAAAAUAUUUUCAACGUCUGUUACUGCUACCGUAGAAGAAGUUCCCGCUGACUCGGCAACUCCUGAACUCAUUGCAACGAUCGUGCUCGGUGUCCUGCUAGCCUGCACCCUCGUAGCCUUCCUGGCAUAUGUACUUUUUACUAUGAAAAGGAAAAGAAAGUAUGAGUAUCUGAUUAAGCAGCGAGUUGAAGUUACGGAGGGUAUUGAUAAUCUGUAUGCAACUGACAAAAAUGGAAGUCUGAAAAGCUUAGAGAAACCAAAGCACACGAAUAAUGUGAAAACUGAAAUAAUAGCGUUUAGCAGCAUGGAAGACACCAAAGGACGUGAUGCUGACAAACGUGUCAUUCAGGGCAAUGAAAAACGCAAUUACUUUGACACGCUACUGUUAGAUCGCAACAGUGAACAUGAAGAAAAUGUAGCAUCUGAAAAAGCUUUUAGAAAUGUAGAUGCCCAGCCCACUGCAGAAUUCACAACAAAACAGGAUUGGUUUCGGACAAAUACAAAUGAAAAGUCAGCUCUUUCAUUAACACCUGAUCCUACAACGCACGCCCCUGAAAAAGAAAUGAAAGGAGUAAAAUUUUCAGAAGUGGCAAUUGUUUUGGAUGCAGAGCCUGAAGAUGAUGAGCCUGAAGAUGAUGAGCCUGACGAUAACGAU